AUGUCCCAGCUAGAGGUAAAGAAACUGACGGAUGCAGCUGUAGGGACUACAACUGAGCCAGUUGGUGCCGAUAAAGAAGCCUCUACUAGGCCAACAUAUAAGGACAAGGAUUCGGGUGCUAAGAUGGCUAGUAUAGACAAGGGGACCGUUGCUGAGUGGGCAAUAAAGCCUUUUUUUGGUUAUGUUCCCAUUUGGCACAUUGCCGAGGUGGAGCCCAAUAACCCCAGUCUAACCCCAAACGAGAUCAACAGGGUCGGUUGUCUUGCCCGUGCUGAGGCAACUUCUUUCCCCGCGUUGGUCACAUCUCAAAACCUCUUCCAAUUUGGGAUUGGGCCCAACUCGACUGUCAUUCUGGUUUCUUCUCCAAGCCUUCCUCCUCUUGUUAUUGAUGCAAACUCAUCUCCAAUUGAAUUGGAUGAGAAUGUCGUCACUUCCUCAAGAAAGUGCCGACAAAGUGACCUACUGCUGUAG